AUGAGCCAUCAGCCAGAGCUGGCCAUCGAGGACAUCGACGUCGACGACGGGGCGGUGGUCUCCGUCGUCGAGGACAUCGACCUCGACGACCCGCCAAGCCUGCCGCCGCAGCCUCAGCCUCCCGCGCCCGCGCCCGCCGCGCCCGCACCCACCGGCGGCCUGGUCGGCCGCGCUGUUCUUCUGAAUGGCCUCGUCGCUCGGGCCGACCUGAACGGCGCCACGGGCUUUGUCCUCUCCUACGACACUGCACGCGGCCGCUACGUCAUUCGCGUCGUGAGCUCGGGAGAGCUCGUCAACGUGCGGCCGUCCAACGUGUCCCUGCUGGUCGCGCCCAGCGGUGACCUCACGGAGUACGACCCGCGCAAGGCGCCUCGGCGCGCGCAGACGGCGUGGAACUACUACACCUCCAAGGCGCGCCGCGUGCUCAAGCGCGAACGCCCGCAGGCGGCCGAGGAGGAGCUGCAGGCUCUGCUCAAGGCUUCGUGGGAGCAGCUGCCCGCCGCCGAGAGGAGCGUGUACGAGGGCAAGGCGGCGGCGGACCGCGAGAGGCACGCGUCGCAGCUGGCCCUACACGCGUCGCACCGCAGCGCCAGCGACCUCACGUUUGGCGGCCAGCUGCCGCCGCUGCCCGCCGCCGCGCCGUCGCCGCUGGGCGACCUCACCUUCGGCGGCCAGCUGCCUCCGCUGCCCGCCGCUGCUCCGCCGCUCGCCGCCGGGGCGGUGCAUCUGCAGAUGCAGGUCGCGCAGCAGCUGGCCGCCGGGAGGGCGUGCAUCUCUCAGCUGCACGGCGCCGGCUUCGCCACCCCCGCACUCGCCUCGCUCCCGGGACCCAGCGCCGCCUCCUGCGCCGCCCCGGUGGGCAGCCAGCAGCUUCGAGACCUGAUGGGCGGCGCGCCGUGCGGGGGCGGGCAGCAGCUGAGGGACGUGAUGGGCGCGGGCGGCGCCUCCCUGCCGCCGCCGCCCGCCCUCCCGCCCCUGCUCGUCAACGGCUUCGUCGGCGGCGGGUGGGGAGGCGCCGCCACCGCCGCCGCGCCGCCGACGCUGCCGCCGCCGCCGCCGCUGAGCAAGCAGGAGGCGGCGCAGCUGCGCGCGAGGGAGAGGGAGGCGAGGGAGAUGGCGGCGCGCGCGACCAAGUUGGCGGCGAAGGCGGCAGAGCGGCUCGCGCGGGACGAGGCGAAGCGGCAGCUCAAGGAGGAGGCGCGGAGGCUCAAGGAGGCGGAGAGGCGGCUGAGGGAGGAGGCGAAGGCGGAGGAGCGCGACGCGAGGGAGGCGCGCCUCGUCGCGGCGGAGACGGGGCCUCUGCCCGUUGGUACGGUGGCGUGGCGGCUCUUCGGGGAGUACGACUUCGCCUCCAAGGACGAGAGGUUCUCGAGCCGCCACCGGUGGGCGCUGAUGCUGCGCGCGGCCGAGGUCCACCUGCAGGCAGAGGUUGGCGACCGCUUCGUCGUGCGCUCGUCGUGCGGCUGCGGCGGCUGGGCGAGGGUGCCUUGGCUGGUGGUGAGCGACCCGGGCGAGUCGACGCAGCACGGCCUGUACUUGCAGUACCUCUUCGCGGCCGACAUGUCUGCCGUCUACCUCUCGCUCGGCCAGGGGACCACCCGGCUGCGCACCGCUUUCGGGGGCAAGGCGAGGCCGGAAGAGAGAGGGGGGGGAGGGGGGAGGGAGGGGGAGCGCAGCGCCCGCCAGGGAAGCCGCCGCCCACGUCUGGGAGUCCCACCCGGACUCUUGGACAAGUCCCGGACAUGUCGCGGACAUGUCCUCGAAGGCUCCAUCCUGGCGCGGCGGUACGGCGCGGAGGCACCGCUUCCGCCCGAGGCAGACAUGCUGCAGCACUUGCGCGCGCUGCUCGGCGCCGCCCAUCUCCAGCGCGCCGGUGUUUACUCUGCCGUGCUGGCGGACGAGGGGUACCAGAGGGAUGUGGUGCGGCCGCUCGACGCAGCUCUGGCCUCGCACUACGGCGCCAAGUUGCGCGCGGUCGACGACGCGGUCGCCGACGAGCGGCUCGGCGGAUUGGAGCGGGAGGAGGUGAGCUGCGAGUCGGACUCGGCCGACGAGGGGGAGGGGGCAGGGGAGGGCGAGGGCGAGGAGGUUGGGGAGGGCGGGCAGGACGGGGAGGUUGCGGAGGUUGGGGAGGCACCCCCGCCUCUCGCGCCCCCGCCCGCCGCGCCCCCGCCCGUCGCACCCCCGUUUGUCGCGCCUGCCGAGGUCUCGGCCUCUUGCCAAGCUGAGGGGGCGGGCCCCGCGCAGCAGCUCGCGCCGCCGGCAGAGGCGGCGCCUCCGCCUCUGCCGCAGAAGGCAGCACAGGCGGCGCAGGAGGCGGCGGCGCAGGAGGCGGCGGCGCAGGAGGCGGCGGCGCAGGAGGCGGCGGCGCAGGAGGCGAUGUGCGACGACACCGGCGCCGACGCAGCGGGCGCAACGGGCAAUCCUCCCGCCUUCGCGCCGCCGUCAUGCGAAGGCGGCGCGGGCGUGAGUCCAGCGUUUGCCCACGCGCCAGCUCCGCCCCGCGACACCGAGGCGGGUCCGUCGGUCGCGGGGCCUCUCCCGGCCGGCGGCGGCGGCGGCGGCGUCGCGCCCGCCCCCGGCGGCGCGGAGCUGGAAGCGGACAACUCUUGGGUGAGGCGGCCGAGGAAGGCGGGUCCGAAGCGCGCGCCGUGGGAGCGGGCGCAAGCCGCGGCGCCGUUGGGCGCGCCGAACGGGCCGUGGGAGUCGGCGCUCGACCCGCCGAGCGGCGAGGGCGUGAGCGGCGAGGCGCUGGUCGGCAAGAGCGUCGACGUGUGGUGGCCGAUGGACGUGGCGUGGUACUCUGCGCGCGUGCUCGCCUACUCGGGCGAGGCGACCGACAAGCACCAGCUGCUCUACACCGACGGCCAGCGGGAGACUCUCAAGCUCGCAAGGCACCGCUGGCGGCUCAGCGCGGCGCAGCCGCCCUCGCAGCCUCCGGCGCAGACUGGCCCGGAAGCUGCGCCCCCCCCCCCCCCUCGAGGAGCGGCCGCCGCCUCCGCGAAGCGCAAGCGCGCGGCGGAGCGCGAGGAGGAGGAGGACGCGGACAUGCUUGAGAAGCUGCGCGCGCGGAGCCGCGCUCGCCGGCGCUCGGCUAGCCUUCCCGGCGGCGGCGCUGGCGGCAGUGGCGGCAACGGCGAGAGCGCACCAGGCGGUCUAGCUUCCGCGCCAGCGCCAGCGGCGGCGUCAGCGGCGGCGUCCGAGGCAGAGGACGACGAGGUGGAGGUGGAGGUGGACGCGGCGGCGGCGGAGGGCGGGGCGGCGGCGGAGGGCGGGGCGGCGGCAAGCAUCGACGUUCUGCCGCCGCCGCCCGAGGCUGCGUUUGCUCCGACCUCGACGGCCGAGGGCGAGCUGGUUGAGGGCGGCGGGGAGGAGGGGGAGGGGGAAGAGGACCUGCUGUCUGAGUUGCCCGCGGCUGAGCUGCAGCGCAUUCUCUCGUGUGAGGCUUCGGCGGACGCCGAGAGCGGCGGUGGCGGAGCUGACGGCGCGACUGACGGCGCGACUGACGGCGGCGGCGGCGGGGGGGGCAGCAGCAGCGAGGGUGGCGCCGAGGGCGACGGCGGCGGCGAGAGCGGGGGUGAGUUUGUGAGGGAGGUGGAGGGCGUGGGCAGGCUGCUGCUCUCGUCGCGCAACCCGACGGGCUACCAGGGAGUCUACGCCCCAAAGGCGCGGGCCGGCACCGCCAAGCCCUUUGUCGCGAUGCUCACGGCCUCUGGUGUGCAGCGCCACAUCGGCUGGUUCCGCACCGCCGUCGAGGCGGCCGCGUGCUACACACGCGUGCGCCACGCGCUCGAUGCGCGGUCUCAAAAGGCGAGCCGCAGCCAGCCGAGCGCCCGCCAGAUGCCGCCCGCCGCCCCGCCCGCCGCGAGCCCGCCUCCUGGCUCCGAGGCGGGGCUGUUUGGCCCGCCCGCCGCUGCGGCGCCGAGCGACGAGCCGCCGCUCCCAAUGGAGGUUGAGGAGCUGUGA